AUGGCUUUCGCCGGCCAGACUCCUACGAUCAUUGUCUUGAAAGAAGGCACGGAUACAUCCCAAGGAAAGGGCCAGAUAAUAUCCAACAUCAACGCCUGUCUGGCAAUCCAGUCGACGGUUAAGGGAACCCUCGGCCCAUAUGGUGGAGAUCUAUUAAUGGUAGAUGCCAACGGGCGUCAGACCAUUACCAAUGAUGGGGCGACGGUAAUGAAGCUCCUUGACAUUGUCCAUCCAGCCGCACGCAUCUUGACAGACAUCGCGAGAUCACAAGACGCCGAAGUUGGAGACGGUACUACCUCCGUCGUUGUUCUAGCCGGAGAAAUACUGAAGGAGCUCCGCGACGCCGUGGAGCAAGGCGUCAGCUCGCAGAUCAUCAUCAAAGGCCUGCGGAGGGCAAGUGCACUGGCUGUCAACCGCGUCAAGGAGAUUGCCGUUGAUUUGCGCAGCACACAUGGAAACAUUGAGACGAAGGUGGAGACACUGCGACGGUUGGCGGGGACGGCAAUGAAUAGCAAGUUGAUAAAAAGGAAUUCAGAUUUUUUUACGAAAAGGCAUGGGUUUUUGGUUAUGGCCGAAGGGAGAUGGGCUGACUCUUGUUCCGAAGUGGUCGUCGAUGCGGUCUUAUCUCUGGACCAAGACGAUUUGAAUGAAAAACUUAUUGGCGUGAAGAAGGUUACCGGCGGUGCUCUUCAGGAAUCUCUCUUCAUCAAUGGUGUUGCGUUCAAGAAGACAUUUUCAUAUGCUGGUUUCGAACAACAACCGAAGUUCUUCAAGAAUCCUAAGAUCGUAUGUUUGAACGUUGAACUAGAGCUAAAAAGUGAGAAGGACAAUGCAGAGGUGCGCGUGGAGCAGGUAUCGGAGUACCAGGCUAUCGUCGAUGCGGAAUGGCAAAUCAUCUUCAAUAAGAUGGAAGCCCUCUACAAGACUGGGGCGAAGGUCGUGUUGAGCAAGCUGCCCAUCGGUGAUCUAGCCACACAAUACUUCGCCGACCGUGAUAUCUUCUGUGCGGGCCGGGUCGCUUCCGACGACAUGGAGCGCGUCUGCCAGGCCACCGGCGCCUCCACCCAAUCUACAUGUACGGACAUCCAAGACCGCCAUUUAGGAACCUGUGGCGCCUUCGAAGAGCGCCAAAUUGGCAGCGAGCGCUUCAACAUCUUCUCCGACUGCCCUGCCGCCAAAACCUGCACCCUCGUCCUCCGUGGCGUCUCCAUGACGCCAUCAUGA